GAUUGUAUGUGUGUACAUACAUAUACAUAUGUAUAUGUACACAUUUUUUCCAGUACACAUUUUUUUUCUCGGAGUUUAAGCCAAAUUUUACCAAAAACGUUAUUUCUGUUGGUUUUUUAUCACUCCUCAUUCUCUCCUCAUAGUUAUGUUUAUUUUUUAAAAAAGUCCUAUGCUUAAUAUACAGUCAUGCAAACUGUAAUGCUGAUUUUUAUUGCGAUUUGAUUUUUUUUAUUUACUAUUCUAAUUAAUUUCGUUCAUUUCUCAGACAGCCUGUUUAGUAAUUGCCUGCCUUAUUGUUCUUUUUAUCAGAAUAUUUAAAUAAUUCAACGGUUUUUCCAUAUCAGCUUUGUCUCGAAACCUGUAAUGAAACCCGAUCGUGGUCGCAUAUCACCAGCAGCAGAUGCCGCCGCAAUCACAUUGAAUACCGAUUUAAACAACAGAGAUGAUCAUGAUGACGGAUUUGCGACGGAAAUAAAAUUACGACCAAAUUCCAACUUAAAUGAGAUACUCGAGGCCAUGAAGCAUCCGAUAACUGGUGUGGCCUGUUUCACUCAGACUCCCAGCCUGCCUUCCUACACAUUUGUGUCAUACGAAGCUUUACUUUGGCUUAAGUCACGUCUGGACAACAGCAGGCAUCCAUUGGACAUAUUGGAGGCCAUGCGAAAAGAGAAGAUGAUUUGCCAUGCGUCCGGCGACUGGGAUAAACAAGUCAUACCCGGAUUUUAUCUCUACUAUAUAGCGCAGCAAGAUAAAAAUGCCAAGGAAUAUGUUAAACCUCUCUACGAUCUAAGUGCUUUCGAGAAUGAGUGGAUGGAGAUAGAAUUACAAGGUUGUAAUCAUCUGUGGACUGAUGAAGCGAGAGUCCCAAAUAUACCAACCUUCUUGCGGGAUAUACCAUCGGCGCAAUCUUGGGCGGACUAUAGUCAAAAUCGGAAAAUUUACCGUCAUUCACAUUUGGAAAUUAAUGUCAAUCAAAAGAGUGACCGAAUGGAAUGGGGUCACGUUAAGUAUCAUACUGUUAUGCAACCCGGAUACGCCUUUGAAUUUGUUGUUGAGUGGGUUACAGCAUCUGGGCCAAUUGUGUGGGAUUUGAUAUGGGGCUGGACACGUAAAGCGAAUCAUUGCAACUAUGAAUUGAUAUCUGUGCCCGCUGAUCCGAUGGCGGAACCAUUUACUGAGAAGUCUGAUCCAUUGCGUGGUCCAAUUUUUAUACCAUUGUCAGAAAAAUUUUUAAGUGACAAGAGUGUUAUGUUUGGUGAAUUCGCUGAGGAGAGUAGAGCCGAUCGUAUGCUGCUCUUUCAAGAAGCCAUACUUGCAAGGUUUGGAUUUCUGCCGUGUGUGAUAGAGAAAAAGUUUUCGUUUAAUAAAGAUGUACCUAAGGAAUAUCAGUAUGUGCAUUGUUCUGGGCAUAUGUUUGUACUUAUUCGUUGUUCGAAGAACAAUUAUCAAAUGGACUCUCCAAGUCGGCAAGAAGCAAAUGUGACUCGGUGUGUUUAUGGACACACUAAUAAUACCAAUGUUCCAAAAAAGGUUGGAUUUUUAUGGGCCUGGAAUCAUAUGAUACCCAAUAAGAAAUGGAAAUCGUUAGUUAUUAAGAAUUCACCAGAUGGUGAAAUUUUCCAAUUGAAAAUGUUAAAAGACUUUCGAGAUUUUUGUUCCGACACUGAUGAACGUCUGACGAAAUUCUGGGAACAUUGCCAUGAGUUGAAACGAAAAUCCUUAAAAAUAGAAAACCCCAGCAAUAAUAACAAUAUUGAAAUAAAAGUUAAAUAAGCUAAGUCACAAGAGUAAGCUUUAUAUUUUCAUACCCAGCGCGCUAUUGUUGGUACGGACCGUUAUAACCGUAAAAAUAAAUAAAUUGAUAUGGAGAAUAAAUUUAUCUUCAUAACCCACUUAAAACUUACGCUACCAACUUUACUGAAUUCGUAGUAAAAAGCAUUUCUCUAAUUUGGCUUAAGAAAAUUUUGAAAGUGGAUGUGACAAUAUUCAUUCAAGCCAUUUAUCAGAAUUUCAAGAGCUACUUGAACAAAUUA